AUGACGGAUCAUCGGAAGCGCCGCAAGGCAUGGGACCGUGGUUUCAGCGUCAAAGCUCUUGCAACUUACGAGCCACGUGUUAAGAAUAAGGUAGACCAGUUUUCUUCUUAUAUUGAAAGCAAUCUGGGUCAAUCUAUCGAUGCUACUGCCUGGUCCAUGUUUCUCAGUUUCGACAUCAUGGGAAACGUUGGGUUUGGAAAAGAGUUUAACAACCUGUCUACACGCAUUGAACAUCCGGCGAUCAAAGGCGUUCAUGAUCAUAUGGCUAUUGUCGGAACACUGAGUCAUAUUCCUUGGCUUCUGAACAUUGCCAGUCGUAUUCCAGGAGCGGCAUCUGGAUUUUCCAGUUUUUUCCGGUGGUGUGGGGAUGAAAUUGAGCAAAAGCAAAAGGAAUGGGAUAUGGACAAGAGCCCACGGGAUAUUGUCUCAUGGUUAUUGAAAUCCUAUGUCGAGAAAGACAUAUCUGCAGCUCCGAGCAAGGCUGCUCUUCAUGAGGACUCACGGGUGGUUAUAGUCGCUGGCAGUGAUACUACAGCUACUACUUUGGCAUCUGCGCUCUACUAUCUGGCCAAGAAUCCCGCAAUACUAUUGAAGCUGCAGCGCCAUCUAGAUAAAGUCAUCCCACAAGGAUCAAAGGACUGGUCAUAUGAUAAAGUCAAGUCUGUCACCUACCUCGACGAUAUCAUCCAAGAAACACUUCACCUGCGACCUGCGAUACUGACAGGUGGACAUCGUGUUACCCCAGCUGAGGGAAUUCAGGUUGAUGAGGUGUACAUCCCCGGGGAUGUCAAUGUUUUUGUUCCAGUGCAAUUGAUUCAGACGGACGAAAGGUACUAUACCGAUGCCAAACAAUUUGUACCAGAGCGAUGGAACGAGAGGAGAGAAAUGUGCUCCGAGAGCGCCCCCUUCUUCCCAUUUUCACUUGGGCCCUAUAGUUGUACCGGGAAGAACUUAGCGAUGAUGAGUCUUCGCAUUUCGAUUUCCACUUUUGCACAGUUGUUCCACAUUCAAUUCAGCCCUGACGAGAAUGGAGAGGCAUUUGUAACCGAGACCCAGGAUACUUUCACCACCACGCUUGCCCCGUUGCACAUCCAGUUCCUGCUGCGCUAA